AUGGAUUCUCUUACGACCCAUCCUUCUACCGCGCAGCAGGCCCGGGCCUUCACUUCCCCCGCCUCUCUGUCCUUCCCCGGUGGUGCCGGCGACUUGACUCCGCCUUCCGAUAAAGACGGAAACAUGGCGAUGGCUCAGGGUGCGAAUGGGAUGAUGAACGGUCAGCAGCAGGGAGGAAAUGCCGCUAAUGGCAACGGGGUGGCGCCCGCAACUCCAGCUGCGACUCCCGGUGCCAACACUCCGGGAAGUGGCAUUGUGCCUACGUUGCAAAACAUUGUCGCGACGGUCAACCUUGACUGUCGUUUGGACUUGAAAACGAUCGCUCUCCACGCAAGAAAUGCGGAGUACAACCCUAAGCGUUUCGCGGCCGUGAUCAUGCGUAUCCGAGAGCCGAAGACGACCGCUUUGAUCUUCGCCUCCGGCAAGAUGGUGGUUACUGGUGCCAAGUCGGAGGAUGACUCUAAGCUGGCUUCCAGAAAAUACGCACGUAUCAUUCAGAAGCUUGGUUUCAAUGCCAAGUUCACGGAUUUCAAGAUCCAGAACAUCGUGGGUUCUUGCGACAUCAAGUUCCCCAUCCGCCUGGAGGGUUUGGCUAGUCGCCAUCACAACUUCAGUUCCUACGAACCUGAAUUGUUCCCCGGUCUUAUCUAUCGCAUGAUGAAGCCUAAGAUCGUGCUGCUUAUCUUCGUCAGUGGAAAGAUCGUCCUCACUGGUGCUAAGGUCCGUGAGGAGAUCUACCAGGCGUUCGAACUGAUCUAUCCUGUGCUUUCGGAUUUCCGUAAAGUCUAA